AUGCCUUACGCCCUCUAUCUAGCUUGCGACUUCUACCACAAAGAUGAAGCAAUGGCAACGAGGCUGAAUGUUAUCAACAUGCCUGGUUUGCAUGUUACCGGAGACGUUAUCGACAAGAUCGAUUCUGGAGGUGAUAUCGCAGCUAUUAUCAAGCACGCCAGACUUAGGGCCCCCAUGUUCUCAGAUCUCAUGAAGAAAUGGCCGGGAUGGUAAGCACUCUCCAGAUAUUGGAAAAGGAUAGAUUGAUAACAGGAUCGUCGAUUUAGGAGCCUCCACUGUGUUACUGAAUGACCUCACGAUGUUGUAG